AUGAACGGCGUGAUAGAAGCCUUGCACAUCUUUGAUGAGCACCACCAUGCCAUCGUCGCUCACACCUACGCUGGCCGCCCAUUAUCUCCGACCCAGCUCUUGCCCCUCUACCUCGACCACCCCGCCCCACGACCCAACGUCCUCUAUCUCCCCAAUACGAACCCGCCGACUCUAGUAUACAGCUUCACGCAUGCGAACCUUCUAUUGCUCGCCACCUCAUCCUCCGAAAUCGAGCCCCUCUUAGUUCUCGAGUUCCUCCACCGCGUUGUCGACGCAUUCGAAGAGUUCCUCGGCGCACCGCUCCUAUCCAGCAAGAUCGAACAAAAUUACGAUGUUGUGGCCCAGCUCCUUACUGAGAUGUGCGACGCAGGGGCCGUCAACACAACGGAGCCCAAUGCGCUGAGGGACUUGGUUGAGGUUGAGGGCUGGGUUGAUAAACUCCUGGGGAGUAUAAACCUACCCGGAAAACCGGGGUUUGCAGCGAACCCGACGACGACAUCUUUAUCCAUCCUCAAUGGACCUGCCUUGCCUUGGAGGAGAGCCAAUGUCAGGCACAUGUCAAACGAACUCUACGCUGAUGUUGUGGAAACGCUCACAGUCACCCUGGCACCAUCAGGUCGGCCGUUGGCCGCAUUUGCCAAUGGCACCAUAGCCUUCACUUCCAAGGUGUCCGGAGUCCCUGACAUCACUCUAAACCUAACAUGUCCGUCGGGCAGACACAACCUCGGAAGCAUCCUGGAGCUCCCCGUAUUCCAUCCCUGUGUGCGACUAGCCAAGUGGAAAGAAAGGCCUGGGGAAUUAAGUUUUAUUCCACCUGAUGGUAGGUUCAUCCUAGCUGGAUACGAGGUGAAUCUCUUGCCAUUUACGGACGGCCUGCCUUCUGGCAACCUAAAGCUUCCCGUCACUAUAGAGGUCAAGACUGGCCUUGGUGGAACUGGGUGCGACUUUGAAGUGCGCGUUCAAACUAACCGCGUAACUGGUACGGGCUCCUCGUCCUCCGGAGCCGCGAGCCGCGGGGAGUGGCGGGAUAGGGAGCCGGGGGUUUGGGGGCCCACAUUCAGGGACAGCCUCCGCCCCUCUACUGGAGGACCUUGUGUCGUUGGGCCCGUCUCUGAGGAGGAUGACGACGGAGAGGAUGAUAGCAUCCCCGGUACUGGCUUGGCGGACUAUGGAUACGAAGAACCAUAUCAAGGCUCCCAGACCACUCCAAAGAAGGAAAAGAAAGGGACCAAGGCGCCCAAAAGGAUGAGGGGAUAA